CGAAAUUUCCAGUUUUUCGAGUAUUUUCGAAUUAUCAUUUUAGUAACUGGUGAAGUCGUUGAGGGAAGGAAGGAUUUCCCAUGUUAUUCGCUUUCAAGAGAUAACUACACCUGCAGCGCAUGCAUUCAACUGCACGAUUCGUGUGCUUGGUGUGGGGCUCCGCUGUUUGAUGCCAAGAAGCAGUAUGCAAGAUGCGACAAUCGCGCUAGAUUACUUGAGCACGGAUGCCCUGAAUCUUACAUUGAAGAUCCUCAGACUGUUCUGGAAGUAGAAAAGGAUGAACCACUGUCUGACAAGGGACAGGUUGAGAAUGAAGAUGAUGCCGUUCAACUCAAACCACAGGAGAUGUUUGUAGAAAUAAGACCAAAAUCACGCGUCCGUUUCAACGUCACUUACCGUCAAGCCGUCGACUAUCCUGUUGAUCUUUAUUAUCUCAUGGACCUAUCA